CUUGUUAGAGGAGAAUUACUUGGCAGAAGCUGGGAAAUGGAAGCUGAAGGGCUGCUCUGAAGGGCACCAUCCAUCUCAAGAGCACAGGGACUCCAGCACAGCACCAAAGGGUGCUGGACAGCAAGGCCCUCCCUCUGCAUUCACCCUCACAGCCCAGCUGCGUGCCCGCCAUGCAGCGGCAGAGAAGAGCCCUGCCCAAAGGUCUUGGGAGCUCUUCCCAAGCAGGACGUGACGGGACAUGGCCAACUUCUGCCCACAGGCUGCACCGGCACCCAGGGAAAGGGGGACACAGUGGUGGCCAGGUUCCUCAACAGGAAUAUGAAGCACCCCAAGGAGGGACAACAGCUGGAGCUGGAGUGCAUGAAUUACGACAGGAACAGUGGUGUCUCCUGGAUCCGCCUGGACAAGGAUGGAAACCUUCACUUCAUCGCUUAUACUUCCAUGUUAUCCUGGACCACGUUCCCAGGGAAUGAGAGAACAUCUUCAAAAUUUGAAGGGUCAAAACAAGGCAACUCCUAUCGGCUGGUGGUGAAGUCCUUCACAGCACAGGACCAAGGGACCUAUUUCUGUAUCACCAACAUCUACCAGGUGCUGCACUUCAGCUCUGGACAACCCGCCUUCUUACCAGCAGCACCAGCCACACCAGCUGCCACCACCCACAGCAGCCAGCUCACCAGCAAGGACAUCUCCCGGCACAGCCCGCAUCCAGGUAACCCAGCUCCCUGCGGGGAGGCAGGGGCUCUGCCUGCACUGCUGCUUUGCUCUAAACAGCCUGAAUUAAGGCCUGUGCUGACUGAUGUGGGGAGAGAGGAAGGCUUUGAAUCUGUAUCAGAGAGUUGCCAGUUUGGGGGUGAAACUAACUCCAUUUUGUAACGGGCUGACCAGGAAAGAGGUGCAGUGACCAUCCACAGAGAUAUUUGACUUCUCUGAGUGAGGCACUAAAGGACGUGGGAUAUUAAUGGGACUGAGAAGGACAGGAUGAUGGUUGGCCUUGGAGAUCUUGAAGGGCUUUUCCAAACCAAAUGAUUCCAUGAUCCCAUUAUCCUAGCUAACUUUCAUCCCACUUGCGGUGACCUACAAGUCACAAGCAUGCCAAAUGAUGGGUCACGCCAAAACAAGGGAUUGCAUUUUCAGCUAACACUGAUUUUAGCCUCAGCUGGGAAUACAAGAAGUCUUCUGGCUACAUGUCCUCCCUCAGCUCCCCAGCACAAUGCCGACAGCAGCAGCCCACGGCUGGGGAAGUCACCUGCAGACAUGGCUGGUCCCCACCUCUCUCUCUGUGCCCCAAGGAAGCCCUCUCCUCACCUACACCUACCACCAGCCUUGCUCAAAGCCACACAGCUCCCUUUGCUGCA